AUGGCUUCCUCGCUCCGUCCCCAGUUCUUUUGCACCCGUCCAAAUGGCACUCUCACCCCGCUGAUCGCUGUCGACGAGCUGCCUCCUCAUGUCUCGAUCCGCGGGGCUCCUCGUACUUUGUCUCCUAAUGAGACUCAAGGAAUGACAAGCUUGGGAACUCUCAGUCCCAGAGCUCAGUCCUACGUCGUUGAGGGGGUGUCCCAGGUUCCGACUCGUGCCACCUCGGCCAACGCGAACGGUCAUCGCUCCAGAGACUAUGACAUGCACACUGCGCUUGCGCGACUCACUGUUGACGAGAAUAUGACCGCCAACCAGCGUCUAGCUGUGAGCAAUAUGCUCCAGCAGGGCUCUCCUCAGAGCUGGUCCGCGAACAACAACUGGUUGGUCCCUAGCGGCAGUGGUGGCUCGGGUGGCGGUAGUUCGAGACAGAGCAAUCCUUUGACCAAGAAAGAGUUCUGCUCUUAUUGGAUUCGACACGGCGAAUGCGACUAUCAGCAACAAGGAUGCCUUUACAAGCACGAAAUGCCUAGGGAUUUACCCACCUUGGAGAAACUUGGUCUGCGUGAUAUCCCCCGUUGGUUUCGCGAGAAGUACAACAUCCCGAGUCUUGUUCCAAGCGGGCAUGGUCACCCACGCGCUCAAGGUGGCCAUGGACAGCACUGGAAGGAUGAUAUGCCAGGCCGCGCCGGGAUGAAGUCAAUUCAAUACCUGCCUCGUUUAGAUCCGAACGGAGCGAUCGAUACUUCCGAUGCGGAGAAAGGUCCCAAGCAGAAGAGUCCGGGCUAUGCCGCUUCGCAGCAAAGUCCGGCCAUGGCCCCCGGUCCUUCGCGCUCUGCUUUCCCAGCCGGCAACUCCCCCAAAGCCCCAGACCACCAGAGACAGGCAGGCAAGUACGGCCCUCAGUUUGGCCCAGCCGCAAAAAUGCCCGACAUCUUCGCUUUUGAUCAUCUGCCAGAGUAUCCGUCUCUGAGUGCCAUGGGAUCUGGUAUUGGCGCAUUGAAUCAUCCUACUGCUCGGGAUGACGUAGAAGCUCUCGAUAGGGCGGAGCAUGAGGAGUUCUUCCGCAACAUGGCCCUCAUGCCAAACGCCGAACUAUUGCGCAAUCCUUUUGACAUGUCUUCCGGUACGAACCGUUCCAGGAAGGCCCAGAAGUCUCGCCGCCUGUAUCAGCCUCGACCUCAGACUGCCGGACAUGAGGCUAGAUAUGACACUCCGGAUCAUGACACUUACAAGAGUGUCAAUUCCCCAGUCGGUGCGGGCCCAAGCCUUGGUCCCUCCAUCUCCAAAGACGGUAUCAGCUCUCCGUUCGCAAGUCCUCUCGCUAGUCCUAUCGCGGAGACUCCCACUCGUGAUGACUCGCCAUCUGCGCACUCCGGCUCCUCUCAUGCAUCCGAGGUCAGCCCCAGGGUUAUUCAGCCCCAGGGUAGCGACAAAGACCGCCCCAUGCCAAGUCCUAUUGGAAGCAAGAGGGCUCAGCAGAAGAAGCCCAUGGGAUCGUCCAACGACUUCUUCAAGCUCAACUCAAAGGGACAUGAAAAGUAA